AUGACUAAGCCUUCACAGCGCCUAUUUUUGAAUUUAAUUAUUUUCAAAGUUGGAGGCUUCAAGUUCGCGGUUUAUAAGACAACAGCAAACUAUCGCAGCCAGCUGAAGAGUGUCGACCUUAUUAUACCAUUUGGAAAGUCCCGGAAAAUAGAAGAAACCCUUGCUUAUAGAAAUACCCAGUGCCGCAGCUUCAAGAUGGCUAUGCAGCUUGACAUGUCCCAAGCCUCCGUGGUGAAGGACGAGCAGGGGCGCCCGUUCAUUGUUGUUCGAGAUCAGGGAAAGAAGAAAAGACAACAUGGCACCGAUGCGGUAAAAUCUCAUAUUGUUGCAGCAAAGACAGUGGCCAAUAUUGUGAAGACCUCACUGGGUCCUCGAGGGUUAGAUAAAAUCCUAAUUUCUCCAGAUGGCGAUAUCACUAUCACAAACGAUGGCGCCACUAUCCUUUCACAGAUGGAAAUAUCAAACCAUGUUGCGAAAUUGCUAGUUGAGCUUUCGAAAUCGCAGGACGAAGAAAUAGGCGACGGUACAACUGGUGUUGUCGUAUUAGCCGGAGCUCUGCUAGAACAGGCCGCGGAUUUAAUUGAUAAGGGGAUUCACCCGAUCAGAAUUGCAGACGGCUAUGACCAGGCCUGUGAUAUUGCGGUAGCACAUCUCGAUAGUAUCAGUGACAAAGUCGAGUUCUCACGAGAUGAGCAAGAGAACCUAUUCAAGGUAGCAAAGACUUCCUUGGGCAGCAAGAUUGUAUCAAAAGCGCAUGACCAGUUUGCAAAGAUAGCAGUCGAUGCCGUCCUCUCUGUCGCUGAUUUAGAAAGAAAAGAUGUUGACUUUGAAUUAAUUAAAGUUGAUGGAAAAGUCGGCGGCUCUCUGGAGGACUCCCUUCUCGUCAAGGGUGUCAUCGUGGACAAAGAUUUUUCUCACCCCCAGAUGCCUGAUGAAGUGAAGGACGCGAAAAUCGCUAUCUUAACGUGCGCAUUUGAACCGCCAAAGCCGAAAACCAAGCACAAGCUUGAUAUUACCAGUGUGGAGGAGUUCAAGAAACUCCAGGCUUAUGAGAAAGAUAAAUUCACUGAGAUGAUAAGACAGCUCAAGGAUACAGGUGCUAAUCUGGUCAUCUGCCAGUGGGGCUUUGACGACGAGGCCAACCAUCUCCUCUUGCAAAACGAUCUGCCCGCAGUCCGAUGGGUUGGUGGCCCAGAGAUCGAACUUAUUGCCAUUGCCACUAACGGCCGGAUUGUUCCUCGAUUUGAAGACCUUAGUGCUGAGAAACUCGGAACUGCUGGUGUUGUGAGAGAGAUGACUUUUGGAACCACAAGGGAGAAGAUGCUGGUGAUCGAGGAUUGCGCAAACACCAGAGCUGUCACUGUGUUUGUCCGAGGUAGCAACAAAAUGAUAAUUGAUGAGGCUAAGCGUUCACUGCACGAUGCACUUUGUGUCGUGCGAAACUUGGUUCGGGAUAACCGUAUUGUCUAUGGUGGAGGUGCUGCGGAAAUUGCUUGCUCCCUCGCAGUAGAGGAGGCUGCCUCAAAGAACCCCGGCCUUGAACAAUACGCGAUGCGAGCGUUCGCAGAUGCAUUGGAUGCUAUUCCAUUAGCACUAGCCGAAAAUUCCGGAUGGAGUCCAAUUGAAACCCUAGCCUCUAUCAAAUCGAAACAAGUUAAGGAGAAGAACAGUAGGCUGGGCGUGGAUUGCAUGCAGACUGGAAGCAAUGACAUGAGAGACCACUUUGUCAUUGACCCUCUAAUUGGCAAACGUGAACAGCUACUCCUUGCUACUCAGCUUUGCCGUCUCGUUCUCAAGGUGAACAAUGUCAUUAUUGCUGGUGAAGACAACGAUGAGUUCUAA